GGCGGGCGCAGAGGACGAGCAGGUGGGCUGGCGGUCGGCUCCAUGGAUCCGUUGGGUGCGACGGCGGCCCGGACCAGGCCGAGCCCCCUCGCCGAUCUGGACGCUCUUCCGGGCUACUUUGCCUCGGUGCACUCGUCGUACGCCAUGGAGGCGGCGGCCGAGGAGGCACCGGACGUGCUAGAGUGGAUCCGCUCGACCUCACAGCUCAUUGCCAACGACUAUGACGACUCGAUCACCGCCACGCGCUCCCGCCGUCGCCGCUGUGACGACGACGAGUUGUCGUCUGGCUCGGGCUCGUCCGGCAUGCUCGGCUCGUCGUCGUGCUCGCUAUCGUUCACAGCCUCGGGCUCCGACUCGGAAGAAGAUCUCAUCGACUCGAUUAUCUCGUCACACUCGCUGGUCUCGGCCGUCGGCUCGACUACUGCCUGGCGCUCUACCACCGUCGGCCGCGCCUUCCAGGCCUCGUCGCCAAUCAAGGGCGCUGUCCCCUCGCGCCGCGGUGCAAACCCACCGCAGUUAGGUGUUGGUUCCAAGUUGAGGAGGCAGGCGUCGUCUCGCAAGCUCGGCCACUCGCAGGCAAACAGAGCAGGCAACCCGCACUUCACGUUUGUCCGCACGCCGUCCAAGAUCAUUGCGUCGCGCCGGCAGCGGCCAGCGCUUCGCAAGGUGCAGUCUUUCGUCUCUGGCCAGACCGAGGUCAACAGCGCGGCGUCGAUCCCCAACCGCAGAGUUCAGACCACCGUCUACUCGCUCCGAAACCCUCCGUUUGAGCCGGACGUCGAGGCCGGCGUUGCUCUCGUCGUCUCCACUAUCCGCAUUCCCAAGCAGCACUCACCGGCCACGUUUGGCGAGACCUUUCUUGGCUUUGCCUCUCAAGAGCUCGUUGCCUGGCUCUUCUGGUACGUUUUUGUCAUCUACUUUGAGGGCCGCAGGCAGCCUGAGGCCGAGGCCAAGGAGACCAAGAAGGCACGCGUUCUCACCCAUGCCAUCUGCUCCAAGUUCAUCGAGCUUGUCCAAGCCUCGUUCUUUGGCGUCUACCGCAACGUCUUUCUCCUCUACGUCGGCUAUGCGCUUGCAGAAACCGUCUACCUCCUCUUUGGUGCCUCGUUCCCACUGCAGCCCAAGGCAGCAGCAGUCUUUGGCCCUCAGUUUCGCAACGCCGUCUACCGCCUCGUCUGCUCGCUGCUCAACGGGUUUGAGGUCUCGCAGUCGCUUAUCGAGCACAUGCAGACGACACUUUUCCCAUCGGCUAACUUUGCUUCGUUUGCCUUGGAGUCAAGCGACAACCGGCCGCUGCUCAAAGUCUUCAACACCAAGGCCAUGUUCCGACUCGAAGAGUCCAAGCUCGGCCUCUCGCGCCGGACCCGCAAGGGGAUUGGCCCUACCGUCCAGCCGCCGCCGCACCGACAGACGUUUCUCACCCAGCCCUCGAUUGCUUCGCUCCACGCCGGCUCGCGGUCGUCGCUCGCACACUCGGCGUCGGGCCCGCUCGAACCGGGCGCUCUUCCUCCGCCGGAGCUGGACAAGCUGAUGCGCAUCACCCGCAAGACCUACGACUUUGCCUGCCAGCUGGCGGUCCUCCCCGACAUCAAGCGUGCCGAAGCGCUUGCCAAGGCCCACGAGCAGGCGACCCACUCUGCUGACGAGAGCGAUGAUGACACCGCCGCUGGCGCAGCUGGUCCUGUUUCUGAUGUUCACGAUGUGACGGACGCCUCGCUCCGGGUCCCUCAGCGGAAUAUACCAUUCUACGAGCGGGCUCAGGUCGAGAACUCGCACCAGAUCGCUAAUGAGCCUAUUCGGCGGGAGGUCCUCGACGUUUAUCAGGUCUCACCAGCAGUCACUCGCUACCUCGACGGCUCGUCGCCGUUUGCUCGCAAGACUCAAAAGGUGCCGCGAACAGUGCCCGGCAAAGCUCAACCGCUCAUCUUUGACGACGAGGGUGGAGUUGUCACCCGCGAUGCCCCCGAGCUCUUCCAGCUCGCGUCGCGCGUCAUGACUAGUCGUAACCGGGCUGAGCAGGAGACUGCCGAGGCAGCCAUGUCACUCAACAGCGAGCGAAUCAAGUCGACCCGGGCCUGGCUCAACGGUGAGCUGGCCAAGCUGCAGUCGCUCGAGGCUCGUAUCGCUGCGGAGCCCGACAAGCGGCGCAAACAGGCCAUGCUUGACCGCACAAACAAGCGUGCCCAAGCCAUCAGGGCCUCGCUUUUCAAGUCAGCCGUCACCUCAUCGGGCUCCAUGCCCAUCGCACAGGCGCUGCAGAACGACAUCCGUGCGUACUUGGAGCGCCUUGACGAAGGCGCUGCUGCCCGCAGGGACAUCAUUAUCUCCCACACCUUUAAGCACGGCCCCAACGGCGAGCUCAUCCCGCAGGACGACGACGGCCCGGGCGCAAUCGCCAAGCACGACUCGUCGCCUGACAGCGACGCUGGCGCCGAGUUGGACGACUCGGACGCUGCCCAAGAGGCUGCGAGUGGGGCUCGCAAUCCGACGACCGGCUCGAUGGCGCCGGUCGAGGUGCGGUCCAUUCGCAUCCGACGCGGCACGACGCAGGCGACCCAGAACCUGCUCUUUGAUCUCGAGCUCUAUAACGAUGCCGAGCGAGUCGCCCUCGGCCAUUCCAUCGCCGCCACCGAUAUCGUCCGCCGCGCCGACAACACCACCAAUCUUUUUGAUUCGGUCAUCGACGAAGAGCGGAGCCGCCUCGGCAAGGUUGACGCCGACAUUGGCGGCACGCUGCAUCUUUCGUGAGACGAGUGAUGCGGUAGCCAGACUGCAGCUCACGCGAUCUUGGCCUUGCGGACCAUUGAUCGGGCGUACGGGCCCGACUUUUCGUGCAGGUACGCCUUGGGCGUGGCGGCGAUGAUCCGUGACCACUUGACGGUGCCUGGAACAGGAGGAAUGAGAAGGUGCAGCGCGAGCUUGAUGCCGAGGAUGGCAUGCUCCGCCACAAAGACGCCACCAAUCUUGAGCACCGCGGCCGAGACGCCAAGCAUUUCGGGCCAUCCGUACCGCGCGCACCACUCGUCGAUCGAGUUGGUUGUCAUGACUAGCAGGGCCGUGUUGACGAGAACACCGACAAUCGAAAUAAAGUCAAGCAGGUACAACCAGA